AUGAAGUACAGUAUCCUGACCUACACAGUAAGUAACAAAAAAAUAAACGUUUUAUGAGAGGGGAGUACCUUAAUUUGCACAAUAUGGGUUGUAGCCACCUCAUUAAAUCUAUAGUUUUACUUGUUGCUAUUUACCUAGAAAAAUGUUCGUUCAACAUCUGUCUCAUGUCACAGAAAUAUUGAGGAAAUUAUUUUACAGUGUCUAUUCCAAAACAGUAGGGGGCACCGAUCAUGCAAAUUGCGCGGAGCCUCACGCUGACAACCCCCGGACAAGAGUAAAGAGUCGGAAGCGCGAGGUGAGUGUCAUGCCAGUUCACAUGAGCAAACUGUGAUGAUGGUUUAUUUGUUUUUCUAAAUAUGUUUAAUGUUAUUAGAAAUAGAUGGAUUCAUCCAACACAUUUCACAAGGUGGCCGGGCUAGCGGGAUUUGUUCCCCUACAAAGUAACGACUAAUUUUGGCAUGAGGCUGCAUGCUAACUGGAAGGUCAAAGCUAGCUCUCGAAAACCCUUCUCCAUAUAGGGUUUUCAGCGGUUACAUUCGCAUACAUGUGAACUACAAUUCCGACGCUGUGUUUUUAACGUUUAGAAAAGUCAAUCAUCGCUUUUAAACCGGGUUUCCAAACAUAUGCUGAUAUGCCCCUUAUCUUUCAUAUCAGCGAGAAAUAAUCAUUCAAAUAAAGAUACAUUUACUGUAGCAGUUUUGCACAGAUCCACAAGCUGUGUGUCUCCAGUUGAACUACACAUCCUCCCCAGUUACGCAUACACACAGGUGUUCGGAUCACGCUAGAUAGUUAAUUAGCACAGGUGGCCGCCUAUGUUUUCCGUGAACAAGCGAUGUAACGUGGCGAUAUGGCCAUGUGGGAAUACUAAUGCAGUGUUUACAUGGUAGACGGCAAACCGGAUGUCAUUGUUUUCAAGCACGACUGUAAAUGCCGACGGUGAAUGCCGUCAGCCGCCACAGUAGACUGGACAAAGUUAAACUAUUUCAACUUUUGCCGUCUGUGGUAGCAUUGUUUUCUACCGAUGUUGAUUUGCACUGAUUGUUUACUGAAAUCACUAUAGCAACACAUACCUUGUGCUGGCUUGGUUUUGCUGUCACCCUCUUUCUUGCUUUGUUGAUCCGCUAUGCCAACAGAUAUUACGUUUUUUUGCGUCCCUCCUCUAAACGCAUCAUAACACUAACCUAGCUUUCAAACUGAGGCAUUCUGCCUUCUUACAGUUUUCAGCCAUUAAUGCCGUUAGCUUCGCCCACGACUACCUCUUGUGAACUACAAUCUUGAUACUGUUUUUUAACGUUUAGAAACGUCAAUCAAUGCUUUCAAAACAUAUGGCCCUUAUCUUCCAUCAGCGAGAACGAAUCCUUCUAAUAAAAUAAACUUACUGUAGCAGUUUUGCAUAGAUCCAUCGGACGAAACUACACUUCCGUUUAUACACAGGUGUUCGGAGAUUGAUAAUUAGCACAGGUGGUCGCCUCUUGUCUUUUCGUAAACAAGCGCUGUAACAUUAUGGCCUUGUGGGAACACUAACCCUAUCAAGGUGUGUAGUAAUUGAACUUUUAGUUUUUAGAAAAUUAUUUCUCGCUGAUAUGAAAGUAAGCGUCAUCUUGAUAUUCUGGUGUUGUUCGGGCAAUUUUUUAAGUAUUGAUAGGGCCCUUGUUUGUGGGGGAAUGUAACCUUUUCUGGGUGAUUUGUGAUGUUCUAUUUGUGCCAUGACUGUGUUUUUGUAUUUUAACGUAUGUGUGUAUAUUAAUGUUGUACUAUACAGGGCGCAUUUUAAAAAGAGACCUAGGUUACAUUAGAAAAAAGUACCUUGUGUUUCCAAAACCGUACCGCAAGCGUCGAGAUCUUAACAAAAUUCCAGCGGCCAGAAUAUACUAUCGUCAAUAGGUGCUAAAGGUAGUUGGCGUCUAUGAAUGGGUUAGGUCAAGCCAAACUUUCAGUUUUGUAACACGCAAAGGGAAACUGCUAGCUAGCUAGUAGUCUUUUCACAGUUUAGAUUGUCUGUAUUGUAAAAUAAUUUUUAGAAAUAGACUGUUAAAGACCCAGAGCAGUCAAACUUGAUUUUCCUCUGUUUAUACACUGAACAAAAGUAUAACCGCGACAUGUAAAGUGUUGGUUUCAUGAGCUGAAAUAAAAGAUCCCAGAAAUGUUCCAUAAGCACAGAAAGCUUAUUUAUCUCAAGUGUUGUCUACAAAUUUGUUUACACCCUUGUUAGUGAGCAUUUCUCCAUUGCCAAGAUAAUUCAUCCACCUGACAGGUGUGGCAUAUCUAGAAGCUGAUUAAACAGCAUGAUCAUUACACAGGUGCACCUUGUGCUGGGGACAAUAAAAGGCCACUCUAAGAUGUGCAGUUUUGUCACACUACACCAGGGUUCUUCAAUUCUGGUCCUGGAGGGCCGAAACACCUCUGCUUUUCAUCCUCUCCUUCUAAUCAGGGGCUAAUUCAGACCUGGGACACCAGGUGAGUGCAAUUAACUACCAGGUAGAAAUAAAAAACAGAAGUGUUUCGGCCCUCCAGGACCAGAAUUGAAGAACCCUGCACUACACAAUGCCACAGAUGUCUCAAGUUUUGAGGGCGCAUGCAAUUGGCAUGCUGACUGCAGGAAUGUCCACCAAAGCUGUUUUGAGAGAAUUGAAUGUUCAUUUCUCUACCAUAAGUGGAUGUUACAAGUGACAUCAAUAAGGGAUCAUAGCUUUCACCUGGUCAGUCUAUGUCAUGGAAAGAGCACGUGUUCUCAAUAUUUUGUACACCAAGUGUAUUUCCACACUAUGAGGAUGGAAUAAUACUGUGUGAAAAUUAUGUGUUUUGGUGGGAUGGAGUUUUGGCCAUAGUAGCUACUAGCCAAGCUUUAUUGUUCAAUGUCAACUGUGAUCAAGUUGGGAGAAUUUAUUUUUUUCUCCAAUCCCGCAGACAUCUAAGAAGAUGGUGUUGAAGGAGAUUCCAACUGAAAGUGUUGGCCGGCCCUUGGGCCGGAAUGAAGUUAUUGGUUUACUCUUCCGACUGACUAUAUUUGGUGCAGUCACCUACUUCACCAUAAAGUGGAUGGUUGAUGCCCUUGAUCCCACAAGGAAACAGAAAAUGGAAGCGCAGAAACAGGUGAAGUUUUAAAAAAAUGAGAAGUUUGACCUGUUUGAUUCUGAGCAUCUUCUGUGGAUAUGUAUCAUGUUUGUUGGGACUGUAUUGUAAUGUGCAAAGGUAGAUGACUAUUUACAGUUGGGGGUUUUAGGCAGAGAAACUCAUGAAGCAGAUUGGUGUGCAGAAUGUCAAGCUCUCAGAGUAUGAGAUGAGCAUUGCAGCACAUCUGGUGGACCCAUUGACCAUGCAGGUAAGAGAGCUGCAUCAAUACACAAUUUUUUGAACCCCAAACUUCAUUACAACAUUCUACAGAGUAUACGAAACAUUAGGAACAUCUCCUCUCCUUCAACUACACUGAUUUGAAGUGGAUUUAUCAGGUGACAUCAAUAAGGGAUCAUAGCUUUCACCUGGAUUCACCUGGUCAGUCUAUGUCAUGGAAAGAGCAGAUGUUCUUAAGGUUUUGUAUACUCGGUGUAUGCCGUCUAUGCCUCAUAACUAACUGAUGUGAUGCUCUCUCUACAGAUCACAUGGAGUGAUAUUGCUGGCCUAGAUGAGGUCAUCACUGAGCUGAAAGACACUGUCAUACUUCCCAUCCAGAAGAGACACUUGUUUGAGGGAUCCAGACUGCUUCAGCCACCAAAAGGUGAGUCUCUUCUUUCAUAAAAUAUUAGUUUAUUGAUACAGGUAAUGAUAGAGACACAAUGCAUAUUAAGGUUCAACAGACCACCUUCAGUCUUUAGUACUCCUCGUACCUCUUCAUUAUGAUAACAGGUGUGCUGCUGUAUGGACCACCUGGCUGUGGAAAGACGCUGAUUGCCAAAGCAACUGCCAAAGAAGCUGGCUUCCGCUUCAUCAACCUGCAGCCUUCCACCCUCACAGACAAGUGGUAUGGAGAGUCCCAGAAACUGGCUGCUGCCGUCUUCUCUCUAGCCAUUAAGCUCCAGCCCUCAAUCAUCUUCAUAGAUGAGAUUGGUAAAUGCUUAUUUUACCAUUGCCCUUCCUUUGGUAUACAGUACUUUGAAAUCUUGUUUGGGUUCUUCAGCUAAGCCUGUUAUGUAGUGAUCAUCACCAUCUCCUGUUGAUCCUGUCAUUUUCUGUUCCAGACUCUUUCCUAAGAAGCCGUUCCAGCUCUGACCACGAGGCCACAGCCAUGAUGAAGGCUCAGUUCAUGAGCUUGUGGGAUGGGCUGGAAACUGACUACAACUGCCAGGUACAGUGAGGGGAAAAAAGUAUUUGAUCCCCUGCUGAUUUUGUACGUUUGCCCACUGACAAAGACAUGAUCAGUCUAUAAUUUUAAUGGUAGGUUUAUUUGAACAGUGAGAGACAGAAUAACAACAAAAAAAUCCAGAAAAACGCAUGUCAAAUGUUAUAAAUUGAUUUGCAUUUUAAUGAGGGAAAUAAGUAUUUGACCUCUGCAAAACAUAACUUAGUACUUGGUGGCAAAACCCUUGUUGGCAAUCACAGAGGUCAGACGUUUCUUGUAGUUGGCCACCAGGUUUGCACACAUCUCAGGAGGGAUUUUGUCCCACACCUCUUUGCAGAUCUUCUCCAAGUCAUUAAGGUUUCGAGCCUGACGUUUGGCAACUCGAACCUUCAGCUCCCUCCACAGAUUUUCUAUGGGAUUGAGGUCUGGAGACUGGCUAGGCCACUCCAGGACCUUAAUGUGCUUCUUCUUGAGCCACUCCUUUGUUGCCUUGGCCGUGUGUUUUGGGUCAUUGUCAUGCUGGAAUACCCAUCCACGACCCAUUGUCAAUGCCCUGGCUGAGGGAAGGAUUUGAUGGUACAUGGCCCCGUCCAUUGUCCCUUUGAUGCGGUGAAGUUGUCCUGUCCCCUUAGCAGAAAAUCACCCCCAAAGCAUAAUGUUUCCACCUCCAUGUUUGACGGUGGGGAUGGUGUUCUUGGGGUCAUAGGCAGCAUUCCUCCUCCAAACACGGCGAGUUGAGUUGAUGCCAAAGAGCUCGAUUUUGGUCUCAUCUGACCACAACACUUUCACCCAGUUCUCCUCUGAAUCAUUCAGAUGUUCAUUGGCAAACUUCAGACGGGCCUGUAUAUGUGCUUUCUUGAGCAGGGGGACCUUGCGGGCGCUGCAGGAUAUCAGUCCUUUACAGCGUAGUGUGUUGCCAAUUGUUUUCUUGGUGACUAUGGUCCCAGCUGCCUUGAGAUCAUUGACAAGAUCCUCCCGUGUAGUUCUGGGCUGAUUCCUCACCGUUCUCAUGAUCAUUGCAACUCCACGAGGUGAGAUCUUGCAUGGAGCCCCAGGCCGAGGGAGAUUGACAGUUAUUUUGUGUUUCUUCCAUUUGCGAAUAAUCGCACCAACUGUUUAUCACCUUCUCACCAACCUGCUUGGCGAUGGUCUUGUAGUCCAUUCCAGCUUUGUGUAGGUCUACAAUCUUGUCCCUGACAUCCUUGGAGAGCUCUUUGGUCUUGGCCAUGGUGGAGAGUUUAGAAUCUGAUUGAUUGCUUCUGUGGACAGGUGUCUUUUAUACAGGUAACAAGCUGAGAUUAGGAGCACUCCUAAUCUCAGCUCGUUACCUGUAUAAAAGACACCUGGGAGCCAGAAAUCUUUCUGAUUGAGAGGGGGACAAAUACUUAUUUCCCUCAUUAAAAUGCAAAUCAAUUUAUAACAUUUUUGACAUGCAUUUUUCUGGAUUUUUGUUGUUGUUAUUCUGUCUCUCACUGUUCAAAUAAACCUACCAUUAAAAUUAUAGACUGAUCAUUUCUUUGUCAGUGGGCAAACGUACAAAAUCAGCAGGGGAUCAAAUACUUUUCCCUCACUGUAGGUCCAUCAUGAAUAAAAUACAAGGAUCAUGUGACACCUGUCUGGUUGAGUCUGUUUCUCACUUGCCUCUCACCUUUUCCACAUGUAGGUCAUCAUUAUGGGGGCCACUAACCGUCCACAGGAUCUAGACUCUGCCAUUCUGAGGAGAAUGCCCACAAGAUUUCACAUAAAUCAGCCUGUGAGUAUAUUCACAAACUGUACACGUUUAUCAGUGUAUAUACACAGUACUAUGAAUAUGUACUAUGAUAUGUGGUCCUCUGUAGCUCAAUUGGUAGAGCAUGGCGCUUGUAACGCCAGGGUAGUGGGUUCGAUCCCCGGGACCACCCAUAUGUAAAAAUGUAUGCACACGUGACUGUAAGUCGCUUUGGAUAAAAGUGUCUGCUAAAUGGCAUAUUAUAUUAUGAUUAUGCAGUACUAUAUGAGAUUACCUGAAAUGUAUUUAAUUCCUGCUAAAAAUAUCUUCUUGCAGAAUGUCAGGCAGAGGGAAGAAAUCUUGAAACUCAUAUUGGAAAAUGAAAAUGUAAGUUCUACAUGUAAGUCAUGGUAAUUAAGUUAUGCUUUUUGUCAGUGUGUGUUUUCACUAAACCUCCCCAUGCAUAUCCCAGGUUGAGCCCACUGUUGACUUUGUUGAGAUAGCGAAGGAGACUGAUGGAUUCUCAGGGAGUGACCUCAGAGAGUUGUGUCGGGACGCUGCUCUGCUCUGUGUGCGGGACUUUGUCCAUAACACCCAUGCCAAUGACAGGUACCACACCCCUUCUCGAGCCCUAACGUGAUGACCAUUACCACUGUCUUACAUUGGCUUUACAUAUGAGCAUUUGUAGUGAUUAGAGAUUUCACACAAUUAGAGUGCCUUCUGCAGUUACCAGCAAGAUACUGACCUUUUCUUUGUCUUCUGUCUCCCUCCCACCACCCUUCCAGUCUAGAAGAGGAUUACAUCCGGUCCAUCCAGCAGCAGGACAUGCAGAGGGCCAUCCAGAAGAUGAGGAAGUCCAAGUCUGCAGGGGGACAGAGUGUACUGAUGCAUGCUGCUAUGGAUUGA